CUCUCGCAUUCGCACUCUCACUCUCUCCAGCACCUUCUCCGGCGGACUCGGUCUCUCUCGCGGCGGCGAGGGCGCGAUGGCGGCGGGAAGGGGGAGCCACACGCACAAGGCGUUCCUGCUGUGCAACUACGUGCUCCUCGGGGCGGCGUCGAGCUGCAUCUUCCUGACGCUCUCGCUCCGCCUCCUCCCAUCCCCGUGCGGCCUCCUCCUCCUCUUCCUCCACGCCCUCACCGCCGUCUUCUCCGCCGCGGGCUGCUCGGGCUCCUUCACGGCGCCGGCCACCCCGGCGCAGUGGCACAACGCGCAUACGGCCGGCGCCGCCCUCACCGCCAUCUUCCAGGGCGCCGUCGCGCUGCUCGCCUUCACCCGCACCUCCGACUUCCUCUCCGAGCUCCAGUCCUACGUCCGCGACGAGGACGGCGCCGUCAUCCUCAAGAUGGUCGGGGGCCUCGGCACCGCCAUCUUCCUCCUCGAGUGGGCCGCGCUCGCCCUCGCCUUCUCGCUCCGCCUCGAGGACGACGACGACGACGCCGCCGACAACAAGAACUGGGCCUCCUACCAUGUCUGACGCAACAUCACCUCCUCCACUCCACACCACCAUUGCUGCGAGCAGAGCAGCUGCAAAGAUGUUUCAUUUACUCUCACUAUUCUUUUGUACUAGUAGCUUUAUAUGAGUUAUCAGAUUCUUUUGUACUAAGAUGCCAAGGCAAAUGUAUGUUGCUUUAAUGCAUUUGCAAUGAUGCUAUGCAAUGUAUGCAUCCACCAGAUUCGGUGUUAAUAUAAACUUGAUCUGAAAAGGGUUCUUAGGAUCAAGGCAUGCACAUUCUUGCUUAGGAUUCAGCUGUAACAAAAGAACUCAGAUGCUUCAGUAGGCUGACAAAAUUUGCAUCCACCAGAUUCAGUGUUAGUGCUAUGCAAUGCAUAUCCACCAUAAAUUUGAUCUCAAAAUAAGCCUAUCUGCACAAACCCAA